GUGUGUGUGUAUGUGAGCCAGUGUGUGUGGAGAAAUCUAGGAAGUAACGUCAGCCUCUAACUCUUCGACCAGGACGACGCGGAAGACGUUAAUCCUACAUUUCUUAAAGAGACUGUGAUUUUUAAGUGCGAUAAUGUCCCCGAACUGCUGGGAAAUAUCAAGUGUAUAUCCAGUAUCUAAUAUUUAAUAAUUUAAAAACUGGUUUAAUUAUUAAACUAGUUUUAUUGGCUCACCUUUUUGGAAAGCUCAGGUGAAGAAACCCUCAAAUUGUGGGAUUGGAGAUUGUAGCGCCAGAGAUCUUCCUCCUUUCUUCGCUUUCAGGAGUAUUUCGGCUUUUAAAGAUGGAAUGAGCAGGUCUUCUUGAAAGUAUGUGUGUUCCUACAGUGGAUGAUGGCAGAGAGGUGGGGCAUUGAGUUAUGCUGAAGCCUGCCUGAAUAUCUGAAUAUCAGGAUGAACACUACAGAUGGAGCCGGGCCCCCUGAACAGGAUGGAGAGGUCCGUGUUGUGCAGAUCUACCCCAGGCUGCCCCAGGACACAGCUGCCUACUGUCCCCUGCAGAUCAGUGGAGGGGACACGGCAGAUGCAGUCAUCCACAAUGCCGUGGCCACUCUGGGUCUGGAUGCCAGCCAGACAUACAGCCUGCUGGAGGUCAGGAAGAGCAGUGGAGAGGAGAGGUUACUGGAGACUGGGGACUGCCCUUUGGAAAGGGUCCUGCUGUGGCCACCCGGGGCACAGAGGUGGCACCCUCAGAGCCAGGGGCACUACUUCAUCCUGCAGCACCAGCAAGCCAACAAUGGAGGCAACCAAGCAGAAAGCAGCAUAGAGGACUAUGAUGACCUUUGUAACCUCCAAACUGUCACUGAGAAGAGUAUUCUGGAAGCUUUACGCCAGCGCUUCUACAAGCUCAAAAUCUACACCUACGUCAGCAACAUCCUCAUCGCCAUCAACCCCAAUAAGUUCCUGCCUCUUUAUUACAAUCCCAAGUAUGUCAAGUUGUACGAGAACCAGCCACUGGGCAAACUAAGCCCUCAUAUAUUUGCCAUAGCAGACGUGGCCUUCCGCGCCAUGUUGAACAGGCAGGUUAACCAGUGUAUUGUGUUAUCUGGUGAGAGUGGCUCAGGGAAGACUGAAAGCCGCAGUUAUCUCAUCCACUGCCUGACUGCCCUCAGCCAGAAGACGUACUCCAGCGGGCUGGAACGGACCAUCCUCGGGUCUGGCCCGGUGCUAGAGGCCUUCAGCAACGCUAAGACUGCAGAGAAUAACAACUCCAGUCGCUUUGGGAUGUUCAUCCAGCUCAACUACCUGGAGAGUGGUGUCAUCAGAGGGGCAGUUAUUGAGAAGUACCUACUAGAAAAGUGCCGCCUGGUGUCCAGAGAUCACAAGGAGAGGAACUACCACGUGUUUUACUAUCUGCUGGUGGGUGCGUCCAAAGACGAGCAGGAGGAGUUUCAUCUAUUAAAGCCACAAGAGUAUCUCUACCUCAAGCAGGAAGACCUCCAUUUAGAUGAUGAGAAACUUGGGCAGGAGUACAAGAGGCUCCAUCAAGCUAUGGAGAUGGUUGGCUUCCUGUCCUCCACCAAGAAACACAUAUUUUCCAUCCUCUCUGCCAUCCUGCUACUGGGCAACGUGACAUACAGACUGUCAGAGAACACUGGAGUCCUGGAGGUCGGACCUGAUGAAGUUUUGUCCACACUGUCUGACCUGCUCAAAGUGAAAAAGGAGCAACUGGUGAAGACUUUGACCAAGAGGAGAGUAGUGACCGCCAACGCCAUCGUAGUUUCACAGUACACUCUACAAGUGGCCCCCACAGUGCGGGAGUCCAUGGCCAAGUCUUUAUACAGUGCUCUGUUUGACUGGAUCAUCCUUCACAUCAAUCAUGCAAUGCUCAACAGACGAGACAUGGAGGAGUCCGUCUCUUGUUUGUCCAUCGGUGUCCUGGAUAUGUUUGGAUUUGAGAACCUCCAGACAAAUAGCUUUGAGCAGCUGUGCAUCAACUACACCAAUGAGAAACUGCAGUAUUACAUAAACCAGCACAUCUUCAAGUUUGAGCAAGAAGAUUAUGUGUCAGAGGGCAUCACCUGGCAAAACGUCGACUACACUGACAACACUGGCUGCAUUCAGCUGAUCAGCGAGAAGUCAACCGGACUCUUUAACCUGCUGGAUAAGGAGAGCAACCUUCCUAAGGCCACAGAUGAAACCCUGUUGGACAAGUUGAAGCAGCAACAUCAGGACAAUCCAUUCUUUGUACCCUCCUUGAAUACAGAGCUGACUUUUGUCAUUCAACACUUUGCUGGAAGGGUUAAAUACCACAUCAAGGAUUUCCGGCAGAAAAACACAGAGCACAUGCGUCCUGAAGUCAUAUCACUUCUACGGAGCAGUGAGCGGUCGUUCGUGCAUCACUUGGUUGCAUCCAGUCCAGAAGCUCUGUUCAGAUGGGGAGUCCUCCGAGCCACCAUCCGCAUCCUCACAGUAUUCAAGAUACUGGGACGCCAGAGGGCAAAAUCGAUAUCUGCCAGACGAAGCUCCCGCAAGACCUUCAAAGAGAGACUGUCCAGCAUGACUCUGGAUUUCUCCUUUGAUCGCUCCGAUGAAACGCCUCUUGACGUAUUCGAAGACAUCUUUGUCAAUUAUGAAAAUAGAAAGAAAAGUCGAGCUGGUCGACAGAAGCAGCUCAUUCCCAAGAACCUCAUGGAUUUGCACUCCCUCCGACAUAUUGUUGCUCUGGCCGCGCAUGACCGAACCAGCAAAUUCAUCUUCCACCCUCAUCGGCAGACAAAGCCCCCGACAGUUAGCACUCAGUUUCAGGCCUCACUCAGAAAGCUGAUAGAGACAAUUGAAAAAGCCGAGCCGUUCUUUAUUUUCUGUGUUCGCUCCAAUGCUGAAAAGAAGGAGCUGCACUUUGAUGAUGAACUUGUGCUACAGCAAAUCAAAUACACAGGCAUACUGCAGAUGGUUAACAUCCAGAAGUCUGGCUACAGCGCCACAUACACAUUCAAGGAAUUUGUUGAGAAGUUCAGAAUGUUGCUUCCAAAAGGAGCUACGGUAACGCCUGGGCACAUAACUGAACUGUUUGAGAGGAUGGAGUUGGAUAAGACCACCUAUCAAAUAGGAAAAACCAAGGUGUUCCUCAAGGAGAAGGAGAGGCAACUGCUCCAAGACACUCUUAACAAAGAAGUGAUGCAUCACAUCAUCAUCCUGCAGCGCUGGUUCCGUACCUGUCUGAUGAGGCUGCACUUCCUGCAAAACAGAGAUGCCACUAUGAUUAUACAGAGGAGCUGGCGUGAAUUUUACGAGAAACAAAACAGAGCUGCUACAGUGAUCCAGACAGCAUGGAGGAGUUCCCUGAAGACGCCAAAGCACCAACGUGAGACGGAGGAUGAUGAGAACACGGCCAAGACCCGGCCUGGACGGGACAGCAGUUUGACAAAAAAGGAGUUUAAGAGGCAGCACAAAGUGGAGCUCAGCCCCAACAUGACCCGGCAGAGGUCCAGGAGUCAGGAGAAACAAGAGGGCAGAGGAUCCCCUCCUCCUCUCAACAGACCCCUCUCCCUUCCACUGGACCCUAAAGUUGGCAGUGGUGAUAGCUCCAACAGCCCCUCUAAGAGCAGCUCGCUUCAGCGCUACAAAGAUAUGGGGGGCAUCAAGAAGAAGGCCGAGAGGUGGAAGGAAAGACAGAGCGAGGGCGAACUGACAGAUGAAUCAAGUCCAGAAAUACGACGACGACGACGAGAUGAUCAGAAAGAUACGUUUCUGUGCAAAGGGAUGUCAAUGUCUGUUGAUCAACUGACCAAGAUCAGCUCAUCCGGCUCUGAUAGCUCACCCUCUACCAAAGAGGUCAGGGCGCGUCUUCACAAGCUGGCCAAACAUAAACGGCGCUUAGCCUACGCCCGCAGCGGUUUGAUGGUUAACUUUGGGGGCUCCAAGGAAAGUGAGUACUGGAGCUAUCCUCUGCCUCCCAUCAGCCCAAAUGUGUCCAGCCUGAAGAGCUCAGCCAGUUGCGAGGAUAUCCGGGCCCUCAAAUCCCAGGUCAAGAUACCAGCAGAAACUGAUGGGUCAAGGUUCAGUUUUCCAGCCAGAAGCCCCAAUGAGUUCUCGGGACAACAGGGAUCUAACCAACCACAACUCACAACUCCUGACAGGAUUUGGUUUCUCGGUAAAUUCCUGAAAAAGCGAAAAAAUUCCCCGGGCCACGACCCUCCGUCAGAUAAAUCGGUCACCUUGGCCAGCUACACUCCACCUCACUACCAAAUGCCAAACCAGAACAGUGAGAGGGUCGGUCACAACCCGUCCACUCGAAUCAGCCGGGCCACACGGGCGUUGCAUGGCAACUCGUCUCUGGAGCGUGAGAUCACUGACCCCAAAGAGCUGCGAAACCUCGACGAAUUCCUCGGCAAUCAGGUGAAUGAGCUGCGAAGUAGAAUAAAAGAUCUGUCACCAACAGAGAGCAUCUUCCUCACAGCCACCAUGCAGUUCAGAGAUACCAUUAAAGGCAUGUACUCUCUCCAGAAGCCCCAAAUUGGCUACAAAGAUCUGAUGAAGGGCUACCAGAACAAAGUGAACACACUAGCAGGGUCGACGAAGACAGAAGUCUCGCUGGUGGUCAACUUGUUUCAGUCUGUGCUGGACGGCUUUAUCAGGGGCGAGCUAAAACGAGGGGAGUCUGAACCAGCCAAGAUGACGAAGAAGAGGAGGAAAAAAAUGGACACUUGUCCUGAUAGUCCUCUGGAUCACCUGUUCAACACAUACCAGGUGAACAUUAUGCAGUCCUGUGACUUGUGUACCUCCUACAUCUGGGGAAUGGAGAAAGCCUAUAUGUGCAGUGCUUGCAAGUUAAUAUGUCACAAGAAAUGUCUGACCAAAAUCAUCACAAAUUGCAUGACACGAUGUGCCAGGCAGGUUGACAGUAUACCAGGCUCCCUUCACUUUGGGGUGCAGGUGUGUGUCCUCACCAGUAAAGCCAACCCUGUGCCAAAAGUGGUGGAGUUGUUGCUGAUGCACAUCGAGCUAAACGGCCUCUACACAGAGGGUAUUUACCGCAAGUCGGGCUCAACCUGCCGAGCGAGGGAGCUCCACCAGAUUCUGGCGACUGAUCCUGAGGGACCAUGUUUAGACAACUAUCCCAUCCACACCAUCACAGGUCUGGUUAAACGUUGGCUCAGAGAGCUGCCGGACCCCCUCAUGACCUUUUCCCUCUACAGCGACUUUCUGCAUGCCGUGGAACUGCCAGAGAGCGCUGAGAGAAUAAGAGCUGUAUACCAAAAGGUUGAUGAACUUCCUCCUGCUAAUUUCAACACGUUAGAGCGGCUCAUCUUUCACCUUGUCAGGGUUGCAAAGGAGGAAGAGCACAAUAAGAUGUCACCAAGCUCUCUUGCUAUUGUGUUUGCCCCCUGCAUCCUUCGUUCACCUGAUGUUGAUGACCCCUUCCUUGGUAUGAAGGAUGUGUCCAAGACUACACGGUGUGUGGAGAUCCUGAUCUCUGAGCAGUUCAGACGCUACAAUGAGAUGUUGCAGAGUAUCCAGGAGCUGGAAAAUGCUGAGGCCCUCGCUGUCAAUCAGCUCAAACUGAAGAGACAAAACACGGUUGUUGAAAAGCCUUCAGAGCUGGAUGUUCCAAAUGAAAUGCAUUCAGAUGAAAUGGAGAGGACCCUCAUCAAUAGGAUCAAGUCCAUCAAGCAAGAAAAGCUGGACUUGGCCUGCAGGUUACCUGCCCUGGAGCAGGAGAACUCUGACAAUGAAAACCUGGACUCAUUGUCGUCGAUGAGCUCAGACAGUCUAGAGGACAUCCAAGGCAGCCUGGACUCGGAAGUAUCAGGAAAGAUGACCAUGUGGUUGAAAACCCAGAAACCCGACUGCCCAUCUAAACCUCCUGACCUGGCUGAGAGAGUCAGAAGUCUGGUGGCUGAGACCGAUGAUGUACAGAGAGAGUUCGCACCAAGACAAAAAACAGAUGUCACCCAAUCCAUGUGCUUCCUGCCCAGCCAAGACCCCUCCCCAACCGGCAAGCCCCAGAUCACCAGCAAGACUUCCAAUGGGACAUUUGACGACCUGAAAAUCCCUUACAUUGAUGAGGAUGAAGAUCUAACCUGCACAUAACACCACAAGUUGUAAUAAUUGGAAUAGAAGACUUGGGUUGGGUCCAAUUUAUCAGUUCCAUUUGUCAGUGCUGCUAUAGAAACAAAGUUUAUUAUUAAAUUACAUAAGAAUUUAUGUUUUUAAGGGGAGAUCAUACAGACUGUAACUUCAUGGGUUAUAUAACAGAUCUGGAGAAGAACCAAUAGCAAGGACUACUUAACCUCUUGAAAUACACAUUUUAAAGAUAUGUCAGAAUUGUACAGGUCACAUUUUAGAAAAAGGUAGGUACUUUGGACCAGUUCGGUGAAGCUGUGUGACCAGCUGUGUCAUCUGUAGAGGAAAAACAGGACAUGCUGAGGAGCAAUUAUGGAUACAAGUGCCUCCUUUACUAAUGGGCAUUAUCUAAACUCAACCACUGUGGUACUACUAGGAAAAAAUGUCUUGUAAGUGUACCAAAAAGGUUGAUAAGAGAUUGAAAGUGCUUCUCUAUUGUACAGAGUUGCGUUGAAUUUUGGGCUCUCAUUGAGUGCAUUGUUGUGCAUCUGAAAUGUUUCUGUUGUGUUUUCUGCUUUUAAUUUCCCUGUGGUUUCUGCUGUUGUAACUUAUCACUGAUUCAAUACACAUGUAUGGGGGAUUGGUCAUAUUGCUGCGCUUUAGACUGACUGAAAAUACUUCCCUCUUUUACUGUUCAUGGUAUUGCAAGGCUGUGCAGUUCCACCAAGUAUGCAAAUCUGUACAUGUAGUUUUUUUUUGUUUUUUUUUUUAAAUGCAUUCCUGUACAUUUUAUAAGGGGUAGAAAUAUUGCAUAUUGGGGUGGAGAUCCUCAGAGUUUGUCUUUUGUCACUAACUAAAAUAAAUUGACCAUUGAAUGUC